GCGGUCCCGGGAGACAUGUACCUGCUGGACGACAGCGGCGAACCCGCGUCUCCGCCCGCGGACGCGAUGCCGCGCGGGACACCCCCCAAGAAGACCGUCUACCGCAUCUCCGUGACCAUGGUCAGGAAGGAGCAUCUAGGCGCGCCGGGCCCCGGCGGCCCCGACCCGCGCCCGGCCCGGAGGCCCCGGCCCGCGCGCUCCCCGGAAGCGCCCGGGCGGCUAGUGGAGGAGGCGGAGGAGGUGGCGUGCGCUGAGGACCCCGAGGGACGCCGGCCUCGCGCCUGGGACUUCCGCACCUUCCGCACCCGCAGCACUGGGCAGCUGGAGCUCGGGCGGCUCCGGCCGUGCGCACGCGGCCCGGAGCACGCGGCCCUGGCCGGCAGCCCCCCGGCAGUGGAGGAGGGGACCGGCUCGCCCGCUCCCGGCAGUCCCGACGUGGAGGGGGCUCGAGCCGCGCCCUUGCGGCGCAGCCUCAGCUUCAGGCACUGGAGCGGGCCCGAGGCGCCGCGGGGCCGGGCCCUGGGACGCGGGAGGCGCCACAGCAGCUCCGGGAGCCUGGCCUGGGCUCCGGGCGGCGAGGCCGUGGCCGACCCCGGGGCCGCCCUGGAGCCCGCGGCCUCCGGGCAGCCCGCCUCGGAGAAGCGCAACACCCUGGACGUGGGCGAGGUGCUCAGCAAGAACGACGCGCUCUCGGACCUGGAGCGCUGGGAGCGCAGCAAGAGCAAGAACCGCACGCUGGACAACAGCGACCUGCAGCGGCUGGAGCGCGCGCGGGCGGCGGCCGCGGGCUCCGGCGCGGCGUUGGAGCACAGGCUGCUGCGCUUCUUCAGUGGUAUCUUCGCGCGCAGGGACGGCGCGACCGGCGGCGGUCCCUCCCCGCGGAGCGGCGCCUCGCGGCCGCGCGGCUACUUCAGCAGCCUGCGGCGGACCCCGGCCGACGCGCACUCGUCCAGCGCCGAGAGCAUCGACGGGUCCCCGCGCAGAGAUGCCUUUGUGAACAGCCAGGAAUGGACGUUAAGUCGAUCCGUCCCGGAGCUCAAAGUGGGCAUUGUGGGUAAUUUAGCCAGUGGCAAGUCGGCCCUGGUGCAUCGCUAUCUGACCGGCACGUACGUCCAGGAGGAAUCUCCCGAAGAUAUGGACGCAGGUGGCAGAUUCAAGAAAGAGAUUGUUGUUGACGGACAGAGCUACCUGCUGCUGAUCAGGGAUGAAGGGGGCCCUCCAGAGGCACAGUUUGCCAUGUGGGUGGACGCUGUUAUAUUUGUCUUCAGCUUGGAGGAUGAGAUAAGUUUCCAGACGGUCUACCACUACUACAGCCGGAUGGCCAACUACCGGAACACGAGUGAGAUUCCGCUGGUCCUGGUGGGAACCCAGGAUGCCAUCAGCUCCACCAACCCGCGGGUCAUCGACGACGCCAGGGCGCGGAAGCUCUCCAGCGACCUCAAGAGGUGCACGUACUACGAGACGUGCGCCACGUACGGGCUGAACGUGGAGAGGGUCUUCCAGGACGUUGCCCAGAAGAUUGUUGCCACGAGGAAGAAGCAGCAGCUGUCCAUCGGGCCCUGCAAGUCCCUACCCAACUCUCCGAGCCACUCAUCUGUCUGUUCCGCACAGGUGUCUGCCGUGCACAUCAGCCAGACAAGUAACGGAGGCGGGAGUCUGAGCGACUAUUCCUCCUCUGUCCCGUCCACGCCCAGCACCAGCCAAAAGGAGCUGCGUAUCGACGUACCGCCCGCGGCCAACACGCCCACGCCCGUCCGCAAGCAGUCCAAGCGCCGGUCCAACCUCUUCACCUCUCGGAAAGGGAGUGACCCAGACAAAGAGAAAAAAGGCCUGGAGAGCCGGGCGGACAGCAUCGGGAGCGGUCGAGCCAUCCCAAUUAAACAGGGCAUGCUGCUGAAGCGAAGUGGCAAAUCACUGAACAAAGAAUGGAAAAAGAAAUACGUCACCCUGUGUGACAAUGGUGUGCUGACCUAUCAUCCAAGUUUACAUGACUACAUGCAGAAUGUUCACGGCAAAGAGAUUGAUCUCCUGAGAACCACUGUGAAGGUCCCAGGGAAGAGGCCGCCCCGAGCCACAUCGGCCUGCGCGCCCAUCUCCAGCCCGAAAACCAACGGCCUGUCCAAGGACAUGAGCAGCUUGCACAUCUCACCAAAUUCAGGGAAUGUCACUAGUGCGCCUGGGUCUCAGAUGGCGAGCGGCGUCAGCCUGGGCUCCUUCAACAGCCGACCGGACGGCAUGCAGCAACGGUCCUACUCUGUCUCCAGUGCCGACCAGUGGAGCGAGGCUACGGUCAUUGCAAACUCAGCCAUCAGCAGUGACACGGGGCUCGGUGACUCCGUGUGCUCCAGCCCAAGCAUCUCCAGCACCACCAGCCCCAAGCUCGACCCGCCCCCCUCCCCUCACGCCAACAGAAAGAAGCAUCGGAGGAAGAAAAGUACCAGCAACUUCAAAGCCGAUGGCCUCUCAGGCACUGCUGACGCCAAACGCAAAGCAUGGAAACUAAACCGUGUUGGUAGCCUGCGAAAUAUCCACAACAGCAGCACCAACACCGAAGAACAAGAAGAAAACUUUGAGUUUAUCAUUGUGUCCCUCACUGGCCAGACGUGGCACUUUGAAGCCACCACCUACGAGGAGCGAGACGCGUGGGUCCAGGCCAUCGAGAGUCAGAUCCUCGCCAGCUUACAGUCGUGCGAGAGCAGCAAGAAUAAGUCCCGACUGACCAGCCAGAGUGAGGCCAUGGCCUUGCAGUCGAUACGGAACAUCCGAGGGAACUCCCACUGCGUGGACUGCGAGACCCAAAAUCCCAACUGGGCCAGUUUGAACUUGGGAGCCCUCAUGUGCAUUGAGUGCUCAGGGAUCCACCGGAAUCUUGGCACCCACCUUUCUCGAGUCCGAUCUCUGGACCUUGAUGACUGGCCCAUUGAGCUUAUCAAGGUGAUGUCGUCCAUUGGGAAUGAGCUGGCCAACAGCAUCUGGGAGGAGAGCACCCAGGGGCGGACAAAGCCCUCGCUGGACUCCACAAGGGAAGAGAAGGAGAGGUGGAUCCGGGCCAAGUACGAGCAGAAGCUCUUCCUGGCCCCGCUGGCGUGCACGGAGCUGUCCCCGGGCCAGCACCUGCUGCGGGCCACCGCCGACGAGGACCUGCGGACGGUCAUCUUGCUGCUGGCGCACGGCUCCCGGGACGAAGUGAACGAGACCUGCGGGGAGGGGGACGGCCGCACGGCGCUGCAUCUGGCCUGCCGGAAGGGCAAUGUGGUCCUGGCCCAGCUUCUCAUCUGGUACGGGGUGGACGUGAUGGCCCGCGACGCGCACGGGAACACGGCGCUGGCCUACGCGCGGCAGGCCUCCAGCCAGGAGUGCACCGACGUCCUGCUGCAGUAUGGCUGCCCCGACGAGCGCUUCGUGCUCAUGGCCACCCCCAACCUGUCCAGGAAGAACAAUAACCGGAACAACAGCGGCGGGAGGGUGCCCACCAUCAUCUGAGGACCGGCGGUGCCCGCAGCCUCCCGCGCGCCCUCAGGGAUCACGCCACGUGAGUCCCGUCGCGUCCCCUCACUCCUCCUGGUGGUCCCCAGCCAACCCCCCACGCCUCCACCCCACCCCCCUCACGCCAAGUGAAAUCACAAAACCCGGAUGGUCCUCAAGGGGCGAAGAGGAGGCCCGGAGGCUGCAGCAUUGAUUCCUUUGCAUAAAUUCCCCCGAUCAACACACAGGAGCGACCGGCGGGCCUGGGUUCGUUGAUGGUAGCACACGGCGCCGGACCCCGGUCCCUCCGGUGGCCGGGAGACAGAGCGUGGCACAAGGGACGGGACAUGGGGGAGGGGAGGCGCGCAGCCAGGAGAAGGGGCAACACUCCUUAACUGGCGGUUCAGCACAUCAGUACAUUUCACCUCUACCAGACGGAACGCUUGGGUUUCAUCUCUUCUCCGAGGAGCUUGACGGCAUAAAUCAGAAGCAAGAAGAGUUUGUCAGGUUUGAAGCCCCUAUGAUGGUAUGUGUCAAAUCAGUAGUAGCUAAUCUGUCCAGGGAGAGUACCGGCUUCAUUACACUCGUACAGCUGAGUUCUUCCAGCAUUACCGCUGUUUAAUAGAACAUGAUUAGUCAUCACCGAGAAGGAAGCGGAUUAGCCGAGGAGGUAGUUACACAGCACGCUCUGGCGAUUGCCGCGAUGUGACUGUAAUACUCUUAGAAGCAUCGUAUUAUCCCAGACAUGUUCUUUCAAGCCCUUGGAGCCCUCCUUUCUAAAUUCACUGUCAUAAUUUAGUAUCUGUUUAAUUUUUCAGUCCAAAGAGAGGAAACCAGUUGCCGAGUGUUAUUUGACUGCAGUCUCCUUGGCGCAAAAACAUAACGGAAAAAUAAAUAAGGGUGACUUGGAAGUUCAAAAGGAAAUCACGAAUUCAGCUAACGACAGCAUUUUGAGCACAUGUAGUGAACUAAGUAAAUGCGUAAAAGGCUGUUUUUUUGCCCAAACCUGAGAGGUAGUCUGUGUCCUUUUGCCGAGGUGGGUGUCUUGGGUCUCAGUCACUCGGGGGCCACGUUGCCCAAGUCACACAGGCUUCUGUAUUCUGUCUUUAGAUGAGAUGUGUUGAAAAUCUAUUUGAAUAAAAGAAGUUCAUAAAUAUGCAUUGA